CGGAGCUGGGGAAGUUUGAAAGAUGGCAGAGGGAGAUAUCACAACCUUUGCAGCAUUGACUGAGAAAUUCGACCUUCCUCUGGGCAAUUACAAGAAACCGAAGCUAUUGUAUUGCAAUAACGGGGGAUACUUCCUACGAAUCCUUCCAGAUGGAGAGGUGGAUGGGACUAGAGACAGAGAGGACCUGCACAGUAAGUGACUAUUCUAACCUUUUAAGGUACAACUACUCGAAAAAGAGGCCAAAUUCAAGCAGUGUUAAACUACUGUUAUUAUUUUAUUAUUUAUAUAGCGCCAUCAGAUUUUGUAGCGCUGUACAAUGGGUGGACUACCAGACAUGUAAUUGUAACCAGACAACUGGACGUACAGGAACAGAGAGGUGGAGGGCCCUGUUCAAUGAGCUUACAUACUGUUUGUAUGGUCUACAGUUAUCACACAUUUAUUGGGAUAAAUAUGUUUCAAACAUGAGCCUAUCCUGCCCAAGGUUUAAUGGAUACUAAGAAUAACCACUUAGAGUGCCAGGAAAACCACAAAAAAAAAAAAAAGUGUUUAAACCACUGUGUGCUAUGUAAGCCUGUAUGACUAGUAUUGUUCAGCCUAUUGUUACUGUAAGAGUUUGUAAUUGUCACAUUUAUUAUAAUAUUGUAAAGCGCUGUGGAUUAAGUUGACACUAUAUAAAUGCCAAUAAUAAUAAUAAUAAUUGCUGCUGCAAUAAUUUGAAGGAACGGAUAUUCUUAGUGCUUUGAAAGAAAGAACAACCAUUAUUUAUUACUCUAGCAUUUUAUUUUUGGUGAUCAUUCACAAAACACAGAAUUGUAGUAAAAUAAAGUGCUGAUUUAGAUAUACAGGUGAUACUUGAAAAUUAGAAUAUUACAUGCAAUCAAUAAAACAAGGAGUGUACAUAGAACAAUAUCGGACCUCUGAAAAGUAUAAGCAUGCAUAUGGACUCAGUACUUGGUUUGGGCCCCUUUUGCAGCAAUUACUGCCUCAAUGCGGAGUAGCAGGGAAGCUAUCAGCCUGUGGCACUGCUGAGGUAUUAUGGAAGACCAGGAUGCUUCAAUGGUGGCCUUCAGCUCUUCUGCAUUGUUCGGUCUCAUCUUUCUCUUGGCCAUGCCCCAUAGAUUCUCUAUGGGGUUCAGGUCAGGCGAGUUUGCUGGCCAAUCAAGCACAGUAAUCCCAUGGUCACUGAACCAGGCUUUGAUGCUUUUGGCAGUGUGGGCAGGUGCCAAGUCCUGCUGGAAAAUGAAGUUAGCAUCCCCAUAAAGCUUGUCUGUGGAAGGAAGCAUGAAGUGCUCCAAAAUCUCCUGGUAGACGGCUGCGUUGACCCUGGACUUAAUGAAGCACAGUGGACCAAAACCAGCAGAUGACAUGGCUCCCCAAAUCAACACAGACUAUGGAAACUUCACACUGGACUUUAAGCAUCUUGCAGUGUGUGCCUCUCCAUUCUUCCUCCAGACUCUGGGUCCUUGGUUUCCAAAUGAGAUGCAAAAGUUUGUAUCCUCAGAAAAGAGGACUUUGGACCACUGAGCAACAGACCAGGUAUGUUUUUCUUUAGCCCAGGUAAGAUGCUUCUGACGUUAUUUGUUUUUCAGGAGUGGCUUGACAAGAGGAAUAUGACAUCUGAAGCCCAUGUCCAGGAUCUAUCUGUGUGUGGUGGCUGUUGAUGCACUGACUCCAGCCUCAGUCCACUCCUUGUGAAAGUCCCCAACACUUUUGAAUGGCCUUUUCCUGACAAUCCUCUCCAGGCUGUGGUCAACCCUUUUCUUCAGCACUUUUCCAUUCCACAUAACUUUCUAUUAAUGUGCUUUGAUACAGCACUUUGGGAACAUCCAACUUCCUUUGCCAUUACCUUUUGAGGCUUUCCCUCCUUAUGGAGGGUGUCAAUGAUGGUUUUCUGCACAACUGUCAGGUCAGCAGUCUUCCCCAUGAUUGUGAUUCCUACUGAACCAGACUGAGAGACCAUUUAAAGGCUCAGAUACCCUUUGCAGGUCUUAUGACUUACUUAGCUGAUUAGAGUGGGACACUGUGAGCCUAGAAUAUUGCACCUUUUCACAAUAUUCUAAUUUACUGAGAUUGUGGAUGUGAAGGAUCCUGUUAUCUCUGUAGUACCUAUCCUUGCAGCUUCUCCCGAACUCCCAGUAGAAUAAUAACGAAGUAGUGAUAUAGCUCAUAAUUCCCCCAAACAUGAGUCGAGACUUCAUGAAGGGGUAAAACGAUCUGAUCUGAAUAGUCUGGGGUUAUCUCCGGCCACUAUGUUAAGCCAAAUCAGAUCCCACGAACACAGUUCUAAAUACUGUCGAAUAAAGUUUUUAGUUCACCGGUUGUUCGGGAAAUUGAAUCCGAAAAGAGUUCCAUAACUGCAGCUGAACUUGGUGCGCUUCAGCGGUGUGCGGCUAAAUACGUGUCCGAAAAUCGUUCCAGAGGGUCGACUACCAUCUGACGCUGAGCGUUCGACGAUUUUAAAAUGGCGACCGCCGCAUGUUUGGCAAAUGAACGCGGACCACCAAGCCUUAAAUCAAUUACCUUGCGGUUAACUGCAAGGUCUGGGUGGUAAAUAAGCUGCACACGACCCUGGUGGGAGGUCGGGUGGUUCGGGAGUUUGUUCGGCUCUUUUACAAAUACAUGAAAUAGCCAAACACAUGAAUAUUUAGACGAAAUGCUGUUUCCUUGAGUCUGUCCAAACAGGGAUUUCGUCACAGUGGAUUUGGGGUUUUCAUGAGCUGUAAGUCAUAAUCAUGGCACUUAUGACAAAUCACGGUUUGAACUAUCUUGCUUUGCAUGUAAUGCGUCUAUCUCAUAUAUUAGUUUCCCCUUUUACAUUGCAUUACUGAAAUAAAUGAACUUUUGCACGAUAUUCAAAUUUUUCAAGUAUCACCUGUAUUUCCUACUCCUAUAGUCACAGCUUUGCUUUUUUUUUUUUUUUUUUACUGAAAUUUUCAAAUUCCUCCAAUAUUCAGUUCACUGCAAUUCUGUUAAACGAAUAAAUCCUUUGUGUUUUAUUUUAAUUGGCGGCAGGCUUGAUUGUCCUAAUAAAAUGUAUAAAUCACCAACAUGUACAACAUGCAUGCAUUAAAAUGUUGGCUUUAAAGGCAAAUGUGCUCUAAAACUACUUAGCUGCCAAUGGAUCACAGCAUAAUGAACCAUGUUUUCACUUAAUUGGGUCAAUACUUACACUCUAAUUUUGCUUAUAAUGCAGAAGGUUUUUGUGAAUCCAGUAACACAGAGAGAUAUACAAGUCAAACUAUCCCAAGAUUAAUGGUUUGAUUUCUGUGUCACAUUUAUGACCACAAGUUAGCCGGGGGAAUCCCAAUUACUGUGUGUGCUUCCAGCUAGUUAAAUUCAGCCUUAUUCGGAAUGAAAGAGGUAAACAUCAAGUCCUAACACGUGGAUAUCUCCUGGUUGGAAGCUAACCUGGAACAAUUGUUUAAAACCACAGAAAUUGCAUUGUGUAAGAGGUAUGAAAGAGGUCAUCUAUAGUUUCCCCUGGAGUUAUAUUCGAUCCUCUAACACAUGUUGGUUUUCUUAAUUAAUUCUGAGAAAACAUUGUCAGAGACAAAGUAACCUCACUGUACAACUCACAGUGAAUCAAAAUUAUAAAGUAAGUGAGAAACAGGAAAUGUUGAUCGUAUGACUGUGCGUGAAACUUUGAGUAUAUAACCACUGCAGAAGUGAAUGACUUGUUGCCUCUUUGUGUCCUUUAUUCUAGUGGAAAAUAUGUCGCCCUGAUCCUCAUAUUACAAUAUUCUUACAGAAGCCAAAGUAAUAUCAAAGUAAUGAUUUCCCUUUACAUUCAUUUUUUUAACCCCUUAAGGACACCUGUAACUUGUGAGAUUUCUGCACAACCCAAGAGCCAAAUAACAUUUAGUUAUUGGUAGUAUCGUUUAAAGAAAAAGAAAAAUGGACUUUUCCAUUAUUAUUUACCUGUCAUGGCAAACACACUCUACACAGAAUCUAUGUUUUAACCAAUACCACACUCGCGAAUUAGUGUGCAAGGAGCCAAUGAAGGGAUGCCGGAGAGCACAUGCACUUGGGUAGGUUUCUUUGUGCAAGAAGGUAUGAGUGCACACAAGGUAUCGUAUGGCCUACAAUGCAGACGUGUAGCACGGAUAAGCUACACUGUAAACAAUGCGAAAGUGUUUACUGGGAUGAUUUAAAUAAAAUAAAAAAGGGAACUGGCAAUUUAAGAGAAAUGGCUGAUUUAAGGACCAAAUAUUACAUGACAGGUGCAUAGUUGUACCCUUGGAGAUAAAGAAUAAAAAAAAACUUACGUACCCAAUAAUACACGGACACUAAUAUGUUGGGUAAAAUUCUGUCCACAGCUUUUAAUAUAAUAUAAUAGAAUUUUUAAUAGGAAAAGUCGUUGUCAAACAAACCCUGUAUAUCAAUAACCCCCCACAUCAUGACAAUGACCCCAAAAUUAACAACAUAACAAUACAGCAACUUAAAUAACACCAUGAAACACAACUUGCCCAAAUGAUCCAAUGUACAGAGAUACCCCUACAUCCCCAUGUUCUGAGUCACAGGCCAGCUCGAAACCUACCAUACAAAUUUUUAAACCAUAUAAUAGCAACCCAUUCCACCCCCAAAUUUACCUAUCCAGUCCCCUGCCACAGCUCAGACCUUGACCCCUAAAGAUGCCUGAGCACUGUCACCCCCAAUAUACAAUGCCCUGGCCAAACUUUCUUGAACUCCCAAAUUGAAAAGGUUGAGACCAUCAUCCGAAUGAUGUACCCCAUCCAGGCAAAUAUAACCACCAACAUGGAUUCCAGCUCCAGGUGCCUAAUCACUAACCUGCCGAAAUUUUUUUAAGAAUACUACCAUCAAUUUAUUGACCUUAAUCCUGAAGCAUGAUGAAACCAGUGAAACCGGAGAGCCACUAACUCCUUCAAUUGAUCCACAUCCCUUUCCACUUGUUUAUCCAACUCACGCUUUUGCAUCUGUACCAGGUCAUUACCUCCUACAUGAAAUAGAAUAAAAUCUGGGGAUCCCUACCUUAUCCAACUUGCUAAACACUUACCAACACACCUAUCUCCACCUGAAACCCGAGCCAAUGUAACCUGGUCCACCAGAACACCCAGCUGCUGACUUUGGAACAUGACUGCAGCUCUCUUCUGUACCUGAUGUAUAUAGUAAUGGCCCAUGAACCAUGCAACCAACCAACCGUAAGGAAGCAAACACAAAAGCUCAAGUAAAUAACAUACUUCAUAAUAAGAAUGUUUUGGAUUUUUUUUUGUAUGCCCAUGUCCAUGCACCACUGUAAUCGAUGAAGCAAACGGGUGAUUAAAGUGAGACCAACCAACAUAUUGUGAGUAAAGAAUAUAACUUUCCUAUUCCUCAAUUGCCCAGCCCACAAUGAAAGUGCAACACCAAUGGAAACAACACGAAGAAUGCAAGUUUGUGAAUGAGUGGUCUUAUUUUCCAUUCCACAGGCCAACCCUCUGCGCACCACUGAUCUCUAAAAUAAGUCCCAAAGCUCACUCUCCCUGAAGCGUCAAUAAAGAGCUCCAGCUUAUCGGGAGAAACCACUUUUUUUCUGAAAAACAUUGUCCCAUUUAACUGCCUAAGAAAUGUUUCCCAUACUUCCAGGUCUGCCUUCAUAGCAGCAGUGACUCUGAAUAAAGUGAUAAGCUGAUUCCUUCCCACAAGUAGCCUUAGCCAAAAAAACUGUUAAAAACUCACCCCAUUGGGAUAACUCAAAGUUAAGAUGGCUGAUCAAAUAUUGUAACUGCCUCACUGUCACCUUCCUGGCCUCUUUUACUUCUGCCACAACCUGCGCACUGCAAUCACUUGGUCCAUAGAAAGCCUACACCCACCAAUCUCCAAAUCGAUCUCCACCCUAGGAAUUAAAACAUGUAGCUGGGCCCUCCGUUUUGUCAGCCGCCAAUGUUACACCCAUUCCAAUGUUCUCAUCACGUAUCAGCAAGAAUUUGAAUCAGAAGGUCCCACACAAAGAAAAUCAUCCAGGUGGUGAACGAUAAAUUGAUUACCAGCUUCCUCUCUAACUACCCAUUCCACAAAAGUGCUAAAUAUUUCCAAGUAGACACAAAUCCACUUGCCUUUCAAAAUGCAUCUUAAUAAGUGAUAGCAUUCAGAAUGUAUGGGUAACGGUCCAAAAGCCAACAGUCUACAUCUGCCUUAGACCAACAGAGCAUUUCCCCUAGACCACUUAGCCAACUCGACUGCCUUGUCAAAUGAUGCGUAAGAACCUGAACAUAAAACAAUAUCAUCAUUUACUGAUAACCAUUUAGGAUAAGACAGAUUGUGAAUAAGUUGAUAUUUGCUAGUCUUUCUUUGGCAUUCAUGUCAAUUAAUUCCUCUACGAUCGAGAGAAGAUAGCCAGAUGACUUAUAUCCAUCUCUGUCCCUCUGCUGCCUGCGCACCAUACUCCUGCUACGAUAGGUUUCCCCUGUGGCCCACCUGCCCUGCUGCCUGACUGGGGGAUCUUGUUUCCCUCUGUCCUCUGCCACUAUUCCCAACCCUCUUGGACUGCCUGUACUCACCUAUCACUCCAGCUUCCAAAGGACUCCUGUUCCACUUCCUUGCCAUGAUAAUCACUGGACCCCUUAGGCCUGCACUGAAUGCCAUAAUGCCUCCCAGCUCUGCUGUCAGCUGCUCCUGAAUCCAGUCAGCUCCCUUCUGGGUUACUAUCUUGAUUCCCUCCAGCAUGGCUGCAAAGACAGGCUCCAUGAUGAACCUGUCACUCCUGAUGCCAAACUACUCCUGUUCCACUCCUUUUAAAUUGUUAUAACUGGAUCUGUUCAUGUCAGUCUUAAGCCUCAUGUGGUCCUGAACAGCACCCUGCAGUGAUGCUUUUGCGGCCUAGGCCAUUUAGGCUUGCACUGUCUACCAUGCUCAAAUUUGCUGUUAUCAGUGGUUUCAACUGCUCCUGAACAUAGCCAACUCCCUUCUCCUGGGUUGCUCUCUUAAUGCCAUCCAGCAUGGCUGCAAACAGAGUCUCCAUGAUAAAUCUGCAAGACAAAAAAUAAUUAUCCAAGGCCUGAAGCCACACUAUCAGUGCUGGCAAUAACAACAAGGUCUGUGAGAAAGCAUUAGAAUGGGAACAUUUUAAAAUGGCUGCCCUAUAUGUACCAGCUUGCCCAUCCCAGAUGUACCAGCUUGCCCAGCCCAGAUAACAUUUUUUAAUUUUUUUGUCAAUCUCUUUUUAUUGAAAUUUUUUGUUUUUUAUCGCACCCAUGCGGGCCAUGUAACACAAAGAACGUACAGUAUAAGUAUACAUAUGUUACAAAACAAGGUGUACAUUAGUCCAAGAACAGGUAUGUAUCACAGAAAUUGCGGACCAACAUUGAUAUGUUAUCAGGAGUGUGUAAAUUGCUCUGGGAGAAUGGAUGUGUGGUAUAGGUGGGCUUAAUGCAAUCCAGUCAGGUUGUGGAGUUAUGGCCUUCUUCUAAAUGUUCCCUUAGCCCAAGAGGGCCUUGAGGUGAGGGGGGAUGGCAAUGGAGCGGCAGAUCACUCCUUCUUAGAGGGGAACAAGUGGACUGGGUAUGGCUCCAAGCAAACAAGUUAAAUACAUCAAAUCUUUAGCUGAACAGUGUAUGUCCUGGUUGCUGCUGCCUCUUUGGCUCUCGGGGAGGCCUUACAAAAUGUCGGGGAUUCAACUAGUGAGUUUAUGUACAGUUCCCUUAUGUGUGACCACCAGGAAUCUGGGAGAUUUCCAGUGAUAUUCUUUUCCUGCUUCUCUGAGGAUGCUGGUGACUGGGUUCAGCGAUCUGCGGUUGUCGUUGCUGCAGCAUAGCACCUAUGUCCUUGGGCCCUGAGGGCGACUCCGGUGGAGGUUUUGGGACCGUCGGCCCAUUGUUGCUGGGGUAGGUAAGUGUUCUGUGGGGAGGUCUUCCACCUGGGUCCUCCGGUUGUUAAAAUCUGCCCAGGAGUGCCGACCAGUCGAGGGCUGAUGUGGGUUUGUAGGCCUCAGGUCUGCGUUUCACUAGUUUACCUGUGCCUGGUACAGAAACGACAUGGGGGAAGCUUGGUUGUGCUCAGCUAGUGCCCCAGGUCAGGAGUGGGUUAUUUGAGGGUUUUAAGCCUCAAAUAUCAGGCUUUGAUGCGGGUUUUGGUCGGGAGUGCUGCUGGGUCGCGUCAGCUCCUGCUCAUGGUCAGGCUCUGCCCCCUCCCAAUCCACAUUAUCUGUAAAUGCCCACCUUCUAGUUCUUUCAAGGCCAUAUUCCACUAAGCUGUGCUGCUCCAUGGGAUACAAUUUGCAGUCAUCAUAAUUUGGCCCCUUAGGAUCUUAGGCCAGCAUAGAAUGUAUUACUUGAACUCAAGCAAGCAUUGAGCUACAAAAUAUGAUCUUUAAAAAACAGAUUAGGAUAUUUAUAGACAGUUAUUGGUCCUUAAGUGAUUAAGAAUACAAGGUAGGUGAGGAAUGUAGAAUAUAAAAGCUGAAAGGAUAGGAAAUAAGUUGACUGUAGGUAGAUAAUUAAUUAAUAUACUAAAAUGAUAGAGCACAAGAUUUAAAAUGCGACAAUAGUGUGACGGAACGCUGGCACUCCGACCGAGUACUUCCGCCAAUCGAUGCUCCUAGCGCUUGCCGAGGACUCCAGGCACUCCAACCAACACCAUCAGCAUUGCAGACUCCACUUCCAGCGAUGCAGCUGCACUGGGGUCUCGCCGUCUUUCACCCACCCUGGAUCCAAGGCCAGGAUCCAGCUUCCGGUGGGCAGGCCUCUCUUCUCCCAGAGAGCGUAGCAGGAACAAGAACAGCUCUUACAAGAGCUUACCCUGGGGAGUAUAGUGUAAAUAUUGCAAUCCCCAGAGUGUAGUUAUCUCAUCCCCCAAACAUGAGCCAAGGCUUCAAGAAAGGGUUAAGUUGUUCUGUUUAAUGGCAGCGAAGGGCUUUCUUUUAUACAAGUUUUACACAUACAGUACCGCCCACAGCCAAUCAAACACGUACAACACAGUUAAACACUCCCAUUCAUUCCCACAAAAUCCUCCCCUCUGCCUGUGAUAUAAAUACAAAACACAAUGAGUUAAUGUAAUUAUCACAGGCAGGAAAAAUACAGUUUUAUACAAUAUUCAUAACUUUAAAAGUAUACAUCACAUUCAUUUACAUUUUCAGAAUCCGCAAACUUCAAAUACAAACAUACCCAAAAAUCAUACAAUUCCCUCCAGUAGUUAAAAAGUUAGCUGGAAGUCCUUUUUGAUCGACCACACGCACUCACGUUUUCAUGCCCAAAAAGAGUUCCAGAGAAUCAGGCUGUGCAGCCGGUCUAUUUCCCAUGUAAAAGUCAGUUCAAACAGACGAACGGCAACCAUUCGAAUUGUCAAAUUAACUGUUGAACGGCGUUCGAAUAGUCGAACGGCGUUUGAAUUGUCGAAUGCAUUAGUUCCAGGGAAGGUAAAACUUCAGCGAUGUUCAUGCCGUUUUGUAGCCAAUUUCAGUUCCUUGAAUUUGACGGCACACACCGCUGACCACGUUCGAAUGAAUUAAAAUGUCCACCGUUCGGUUUUUCGAACUGGCAUGCGAAGUGCCAGUUUAAAAGUACAGAUCCUUUUCCUAGGAGUUAAAGGGCCUGAAGCAGCACAAUAAAAAUCCAUUAUGCCCAAAUUCGUUCUUAAAGGACAAUACAUCCCAGGGGCCGUAGUCACAUGGCAGGAGGCUGGCAAGUAGUGGCGAAGGGCACUUUGUCACAUAUAGGUUAUUGUUAAUCUGUCCUGUUUACUCUUUUUAACCCUAUGCUAGAUGCUGGGCGCUACUAGCUACUAUACAAAUAUUCAUACUCUCAGAUCCACAUACCAGGUCUACAUGUUAAUAAAAAUAUCUAGAACCUGUUUUUCUUUCUGAAUCAAUGGCAAAUAUAUCUCACGAAACUGAAAUACAUGAUGGCAUAGCUAUUUUGCACACUUAUCAACACAUACAAUGAUACAAGGAAAUAUUAUUUAUUUGGAUUUGUGUAUAUAUGUGUGUGUGUGUAUACAUAUAUCUCAUUAAGGGUACAAGUCUAGUUGAGAAACGCAAUAGUUAACGAGGGUCUUUCUAAGCCUACUUUUUUAGAGGAUAUUAUAUUUGUGUACGUUCCCUAACCAUCACGUAUUUUCUGACACAUAUAUUUAUUCUAUUGUAUUAAUACAUAUUUAAUCUUUAAGUACAUUUGCAUAACUGUUUUCUAACUUUGUUCUUGCAUUAAUGUUUAAUAAGAGUAAACCAUUCCGGGCAGGCAAAAACUCAAUCCAUUAUAAUUGCCUUUUAAGAACCAUGAACAAUUUAUUAUAGGUUAUUUUACUGUUCAGAUUAGCUUAGAUUCACUAUCAUACCAUGUGAGAUAGCUUAGAGUACCGUGUUCCAACAGCCGAAUCUCUAGAACUGUUCAAUCUGCUACUUUUAUUCACAGCAAUAUCCCCUAGGUGAUCCAUCCUUCCCAAGUCAAUUGAAUAUGUACCAUUCACUUAGGCAAUAACUUGAAUAUAUCUGGAUGUACUUGAAAGCUGGUGAAAGCUAUACCUGGUAAAAUAACUUUAUAAAUGAUUUUAAAUUAAAUGUUUUGGUGUCUCCUUCUAGUUAAAUUGCAGUUAAAGGCAGAAAAUGUAGGUGAAGUCAAUAUAAAGUGCACGGAAACUGAGAAUUAUUUGGCUAUGGAUUCCACUGGACGCUUAUAUGGAUCUGUGAGUAUAAAAUGUGUGUAUAGUUUUCACUUUUGACCUAGAGUUGGCAAGUACCAAAAGCCUAUUUUUGGAGACAGUCCUGUUCAGAGUUUUACAUUAUUAGAACACCAGAGUAGCAUAAUACAACUAAUUGUGAAGAUUGAUUUCCCAGGAAACAAAAAAGUCGACCUGUUUCAAAGCAAGUUUCUUUUACCUGUUCAUUGAGAACCAUUCUGAAGCACAAACAUCCAGUAAGAGGAUAAGUUGCCAGUGUGACAACUUACCAGGGGCAUCGCUAGAGGGAGGGGAAAGAAAGGGCCGUGUUCCCCCCUCCCCCACAUCAUGCCGUGCCAGUACAAAUGCAGGCGCUGUAGCCUGUGCUUUAUGGACCUCUGAGGAGAGCACUGUGUGCUCAUUAAAGGCGGCGAGGGAGCUGUAAUCCGCCUGCCCUGCUCCCUCGUCUGUCAGUGAGUGUCAGUGAAUGUGUGUGUGUGUGUGUAUGUUAGUGAGUGUGUCUGUCAGUAAAAGAGUGCAUUAAAUAGUGUGUGAGACAAUCACUGUCUGUCAGUGAGUAUAUGUUCAUGAGUGUAUGUGUAUCAGGGCAUGUUGUCUGUUAGUCUGCCCAUCCACACUGUCAUCCCCACACUCUGCCCCCCACAUGGUCCACACAGUGCCACCCAGACUGUUACCUUCCUACACACUACCCCUACCCCCACACUAUCACCUUCCUAUACACUACUGUCACAUUUCUACACACUGUCCCCCCCAUUCCAGCCCACAUGUAAGAGGCAAGGAGGAGGGGAUAAGCCCAAUUGUAUUUAAAUGUCUCACCCUCCAGCACUUAUCCAACACUACAUGCACUACACAGACAAUACUACAUACACAUCCACUACAUCCACUACACAGACACUGAAUCCACCACACAUACACUAGAUACACUACAUACUGCAUUCACUACUCAAACACAGACACUGCAUCCACUAUACACCCUCACAAUGUAUGCAAUACACACACUGCAUACAAUACACACUGUGAUGUAUGGGCAGUUGGGCUGUGUAUGAGUGUGUGAGUCUAUGAGUGUAUGUAUUGUGAUGUAUGGACUGUUGGGCUGUGUAUGAGUGUAUGAGUGUAUGUAUUGUGAUGUAUGGACUGUUGGGCUGUGUAUGAGUGUAUGAGUGUAUGUAUUGUGAUGUAUGGACUGUUGGGCUGUGUAUGAGUGUAUGAGUGUAUGAGUGUAUGUAUUGUGAUGUAUGGGCAGUUGGGCUGUUGUUGGCUGUGUAUUAUGCACUUCCUUUCUUGUGGCUCUUUACUUCCUGUUCCUGUUGGCAGUUGGUGGAAUGUUCCAGGGAUUUGAAAUGGCAGCUGUAGAAACACUGUGUAACAUGGCAGCAGUACUUCGUUAUACAGGAAUUAUUGGCUGAUUUGUACAAAAUAUCACACACACUACAUCCAGAACAUGGAAAAAGGGGAAAAGGGGAAAGCAAUAACAUGAAAGGAAUGGGAACAGAGACAUGGAAGGAAGGGGGGAUGGGGGGCAGAAAAUACAUGGAUUUUUCAUGGACAGUGUUGGUACAUCAAAGGUAUGACACAUUAUCUACCUGGCUGAGACUGCAGAGGGAUUCAUAGGGAUGUGUAUGUGUGUAUGUAUGUGUGUGUGUGUAUAUAUAUAUAUAUAUAUAUAUAUAUUCAUACUUACCAUAAUUUUCUUUUUCUGGCUAUUAUUCAUGGCAGCAUACACAUAUGGGUAAGCUCCUUCCCUUACAGCUGACAGGAAUAAAACAAAACAUUAAAAGGCGUAUCUCUGUAUAGGCCCCUCAGUCAGUAACAAGCUCCUACAGAGGAUGGGGGGGGGGGGACACACUGGGUGGGUAGUAUAUGCUGCCACGAAUAAUAGCCAGGAAAAGAAAAUUACGGUAAGUAUGAAUACUUUUUCCUCUUUCCUGGCUAAUCAUGGCAGCAUAUACAUACGGGAAUACCCAAACUUACCAGGGAGGGACAAAAGAGACUGAAGACAUGCAAAAAUAAACUUUAAAGGGACACUCCAGGCACCCAGACCACUUCUGCCCAUUGGAGUGGUCUGGGUGCCAACUUAACCCUACAAGUGUAAUUAUUGCAGUUUUUUUAUAAGCUGCAAUAAUUACCUUGCAGGGUUAACUCCACCUCUAGUGGCUGUCUACUAGACAGUCACUAGAGGGCACUUCCGGGUCCAUAGCACAGAAAACCUGUGCUAGAGCGUCGCUGGAUGUCUUCACGCUGUGUGAGGACCUCCAGCGUCGCUCAAUUCCCCAUAGGAAAGCAUUUUCAAUGCUUUUCUAUGGAGAGCUCUAAUGCGCAUGUGCGGCAUUACCGCGCAUGCGCAUUAGGUCUCCGCGGCUGGUGGGCGGGGUCAGUCUCGCCCAACGGCCGACGUAAUGAAGAGGAGGAGCGGCGGCAACCCGAAACCACCGCCCUCGGCGGGGGUUUCAGGUAAAUGACUGAUGGGAUUUUCACCCCUUCAGCAACUGGGGAUUGGGAGGUGGGAGGGAGAGGGGACCUGCAGUGCCAGGAAAACAAUAUGGAGAGUCCCUUUAAUGAAAACAUAUCAGAACAACUCAUUACUCAGAAGAGUGAACUGAUUGAAGGACAUGAUGUCCAAACUGAGAUUCAUUCGUAGCUCUAACAUCCAGUUUGUAGUGAUGAAUGAAUGUGUUCAACGAAGACCAAGUGCCAGCCUUGCAGAUACUGUCAGGAGAAGCAUUUGCCACAGAAGCCCAAGAUGCAGAAACAGCACAAGUAGAGUGUGCUCUGAUUCCUCUAUGUCAGGUGUAGGCAACCUUUUAGCAGCACGGUGCCGAAAUAAGAUUGUGAUGUCCCGUAACGUGCCGGUCCUAUGUUUUUAAAUUGAGGUUUGUAUGUUGCGGUAUUCUGCUUGUGUUAUUUGUACUGCAGUUGCUUUGUAUCGUUGAAUUUGUGCGUAUAUGAAGGAGAACAUGAUCAACAGUGUCAAAAGCAGCGGAGAGGUCAAGAAGAAUUAGUAUGGAGUAGUGACCUUUGGAUUUAGCUGUGAUAAGGUCAUUAGUGACUUUGAUAAGGGCAGUCUCAGUAGAGUGGAGGGGGUAAAAGCUGGACUGAAGAGGGUCGAGGAGAGAGGAGGAAUUGAGGAAGUAGGCCAGACGGGUGAAGACUAGUCUUUCAAGAAGCUUUGAGGAAAAAGGGAGCAGGGAUAUAGGACGAUAGUUAGAGGGGCAGGAUGGGUACUACAGUAGCAUGUUUCAGGACAGCAGGAACAGUUCCAGAAGAAAGAGAGCAGUUAAGGAGGGCACAAGGCAAGAAGAGAGAGAUCUAAUAAGGUGAGACGGGACAGGAUCAAGCGGGCAAGUGGUGGGGCGAGAGGAAAGGAUAAGUGCAGACACCUCUUGUUCAGUAGCCUGGGAGAAGGUCAGAAGGGUUAGAGAUGCAUGAUCCAGGGGAGGUUGAAAAGGUGAGGGUGAAUUCUUUCCUUAUCUGUUCAAUCUCCAGGCCAUCAAUCUGAAGGAUUGUGGAUCUGGAUGUUGAAGGGGACCCUGUAAUAGCAGGUCCGGUUGGGCUGGAAGUUCCCCCGGAGGCUCCAGACUUAUCUGAUUCACCGUAGGGAACCAGGGAUGACGUGGCCAAAAAGGAAGGAUAGCAAUCACUUCCGCCCUCUCCUUCCUGAUCUUCUUCAGAGCUGCAUUAGAGGAACUUGAGGGAAUACGUAUGCCAGUCUGAAGUCCCACAGUUGGGUCAAAGCAUCCUGACCUUGGGAUCCCAUCUUGAGAUGUCUCGAGAAAUAUGCCUGAACUUGUCUAUUCUGAGAAGAGGCCAUAAAAUCUAUCUCGGGAGUUCCCCAAAUCUGAGUCAUUUUCUCGAAUACCCUGACAUAAUUGCCAUUCACCCUUGUUUAUGGUUACCCAACUCAGGAAAUCUGCUGUGGUAUUCUGUACACCAGGAAAGUGGACUGCGGUCAACCCCUGAACAUUCUUCUGGCACGAAAUCAUAAUGGGACAUAAUUCCUCCAUCAACUGAUGGCUGUGUGUCCUGCCCUGAUGGUUGAUAUAGGACACUGCUGCCUGGUUGUCAGAAUGGACCCGUAUCCAUUUGUUUCUCAGAGUCUUUUGAAAAUGCAGGAGAGCUCUGUGGAUUGCAAGCAGUUCCAGAAUGUACCUUGGUAGCACUGAUUCUUGCAUGUUCCACAAACCUUGGGUCACUAGGUGUUGACAGUGAGCUCCCCAACCUCGGGCACUGGAGUCUGUUGUGAGUAUAAUCCAGUAAGGAUCUGCCAAUGGGAAUCCUUUCAACAGGUUUUCCCUUCGAAGCCACCAGGUGAGGUGUAGUCUUACCAUCCUGGAGAUUCUCAGGGGUUGAUCCCAAUUCAUUUUCCACCUGUUGAAUUGAGUUAAACAAUCUCUCUGUGGAAUCCUGAGGAGCCACUGGACCCAUCUUACAAGUCCGAUGGUAGAUGUUAGAUUGCCCAGGAGUUGUAUGUAUUUUCUCACCGUGAUUAUGCGUAAUCGUAUCACCUGGGAGAGAAGUUUUGAUAUCCUGUGUCUCCUUUUUUGUGAUAAGGAAAUGGUCCCUUGGAGAGUGUAGAAGUCGAUCCCCAGGAAUGUCAUUUUCUGGGUUGGUGUGAGGCUGCUCUUUUGAAAAUGUAUCAACUAGCCGAAUCUUUCAAGUUCUGACAGAACUAAAUCUUUUUGUAGCCUUGCCUUCUGGAGAUCUGGGGCAACCAACAGCAAAUCGUCCAGGUAGUGAAAAAGAGAAACACCUUGAAUCCUCAUUCUCUCUAUAAGGACAACCAAGACCUUUGAAAAGGUCUUGUGGGCGGUGCUGAGGCCAAAUGGUAGCGCUAGGAACAAGAAAGUGAUCCUCCUUUUUAGCAAACCUGAGGAAACAUUGGUGUUCUCCGGCUAUUGGGAUGUGGUAAUAAGCGUCCCUCAGGUCGAUAGAAACGAGGAAAUCGUUCUUCCGGACAGCUGGUGAGAUGGACUUGAGGAAUUCCAUCCUAAAGGAUCUGAUCUCUAGGUAUCUGUUGACCCUUCUGAGUUCUAAGAUUGGCCUCCAUUUCUCUUUGCUCUUCUGAACAAAAAAGAGUGGAGAGUAUUGUCCCCUGAACCGUUCUUCCCUUGGAACUGGUAUGAUGACUUUUUGGCUUGUGAGAUUCUGGACGUAUUAGUAUAAUGCUUUGGUCUUGUUUCUGUCUUUGGGGAUAUGAGUGGCUAUAAAGAAAUCCCAUCUUGGUUAUCAUUGAAAUUCCAGUCUGUAACCCAUCUGGGUUAUGGACAUCACCCAGAAAUAUCUGAUUUUUUGAGCCCAAACCUCUUGGAAUAGGGGAAGUGGAGCCCCAACCUCCAGCGGAUAGUCAAAAGUUCUUACCAGAGUGAUGAAAGGACUGGUUCCUUUUAGAGCGAGGGAAUGAUGACUGACCACCACGUCAUGAGUUGCCUCUGAACUCCUUCUCAGGCUUGUGGCUUUGACUAUCUCUAAAAUAGUGAUCUCUGGAAGGUUGUUUAUUUGCCCAUGAGGUGCCUGGUUUCUUGUUACCUCUGUUCUGGGGUAACAAUACUUUGUGGCACUCUGCUGCUUUCUUUAUAGAUUCCUCUAGGGCUUUUUCCAAGUAGUUCACCUUCAAAGGGAAUACAGCAUAGAUUAGACUUAGAAGAGGCAUCAGCUCCCCAGUAUCAUAGCCAUAAAGCUCUCCUUGCAGCCACUGACAGAACCAUUGUAUGGGAGAAAAUCCUCAUACUAUCCAGGGAUGCCUCCACAAAGAAUUCAGUUGCUAUGUGUAGAUCCCAAAUAGCAUCACAAAGACUAGAUCUCUUCACACCUCUUUCAACAUCUGAGUCUAGGUCUCUAAUCCAGCUUUUCAUGGCCCUGGAUACAGCCGUGAGAGCCACUGCGGGAUGACAUCCUGCUCCAGCUGCAGUAUAAAUUUUGGAUAAGUUAGAAUCCAGCUCCUUAUCCAUGGGUUCCUGUAAGGAGCUAUCCAGAUGUAGAGUAGUUCUUCUGGCCAUCCUAGAAAUGGGGGCAUCUACGUUUGGAGGAGUUGUCCAUCUUUUGGAAAUGUCUUCCUCCAAUAGGUAAAGUCUUGACAAUCGACUUAGUAUGGGAAACCUCUUCUCUGGCUUCUCCCAUUCUGCUGUGAUCAAAUCCUAGAUAGACCUAUGAAGGGGGAAGGAAAGCUUCUGUCUGUUAAGAUCUGCAAAGUGCUUAUUUGAGCUGUCUACUUUAGGAAGAUCUUCUGGUAUCUCCAAAGUUUUCCUAACCAUAAGGAUGAUCUUAUCUAUAGUUUUGUAAUCAAGCGAUUCAGAUAGCAUCUCCACUUCGCUCUCACUGGAGUCAAUUUGAUGCAAGAUCUGAAAUUCUUCAGCUUGUUCCAGGUUUAAGUCUGAGUCUGAAGACCAAUAGGAUACAUGUCGUAGUCUAGGUCUUUUCUCAGAUCUUCUUCUGCUUUCCUGAUGCAAGCCAGGACAUCUGGUGAUUGGACAGGUGUGGAUGAGGAUGAGGUCAACUUCUGGAGACAGAGUAGGCACAGCUGUUUACCUUCAACCGCUUCUCCCUCACAACCUGAACAGGGAUUAGCUUUCUCCCUUCUCUUCCAUGGUGGAGAUAAUACAGUCUGUUCUUCAUUACUAAAAGUAAGUGGAGGACAGAUUUUGAAAAUCACUUAAAAAACUGCACAUAUGAAAAAAUGUGAGCUCAUACUCACCUAGAUGCUGAAAGGGGUAAAUGGGUUCUGGAAAGGGAAUUCAUAAUGGGCUACUAAAAAAACAAAUAAGUAAUAAACAUGAAUAUCCCCUAGAUAUAUAAACAAAGGGCAAAUUAACUACAGAAGGAGAUAAAAAAAAUUAAAACCAUCCAAUACUUGGCUCCAAAGUACUUAAGGCCUGCUUAGGGGUCUAUAUAUAAGCAUAAAGUAAAGAACUGACCUAAUUUUCGACAAUUUGCCCUUAACAAAGAUUGCAGGUCGCGAUUUUUGUGCCAAAUUUAUAAAUGCAGGGACUGCGCAUGCGCAACGUUUUCACCACGAUCCGGUCAGUCUGAGCACCCAGGAUGAAGGGAAAACCAGAGAUGAGGCUUAAAGAGCACAGAAACAGAUCCCCAUUUCUCCCAGAGGCACAGGCAGAGUCUGGAAGCCCAGGAACUCAGCUCAGAAGUAAGUAUAAAUAAUGAAGAAGUACUUAGCAUUAGGGAGCAACAACAAUGCUCCCCUCCUAAGGGCUGUAGGACAGGAAAAAAGAGGGACCUAUACAGGAAUACGCCUUUUAAAUGUUUUUUUUUUUUAUUCCUGUCCUAUCGGCUGCAAGGGGAGGAACUAACCCAUAUGUAUAUGCUGCCAUGAUUAGCCAUGAGUAACCCCUUUAUCUAAAUAACACAUGUGACCGGUUUCAUACAAACAAGUGAGGUAGAGAGAAGAGGGUAAGCAAGAAAUGGGGUAGAAAGAGAUAAAACAUAUUUAAAAAAAAGGGGUGAAGUGAUCAUGGAGAAGGGAGUCAUACUCAAGAAAUAUAGUUGAUGUGGGCUCUUCAGUGGAUGCAGGAUAGUGAGCUACAGUGGUAUUUAAUAGUGUAAAAGUGUAUUUCGUUUGAGCAUUGUAUGGCUGCUGGAGGGGGAUAAAUGUCAUUACACCUUUUUUUAUUAUGUUUUUGUGAAGGCAUAUGCAUAUAACAUCCUUUUAUCUGUAACCUUUUAGAAAAUAUCAUAUUAAGAUUGACAUUAGAAAGUGUAAUAGACCUUCGAGCUAGUAAUAUUUUUUACUUUUUUGUAUACUUAUAUAACCCACAUGUUUUGUGUGCCAACAUGAUUCAUAAAAGAAUGGCAAAAGCUUUCAGGAAUAGCUCAAUUAAUGGCAGUGCACCUCCCUACUGCGAAAGAAAAUGCAAAAAAGCACUUUUUAAAAAUAAAUACCAGACAGACCUGCAGCAGGAAGCCCAGAGUCGCAUUGGUUUUAAGUGCUGACCAACAGCAACUAUUUUCUUAGCCAGAGUCUAGCUGUAGUUAAAUGCUUCGGUCCAGCACUGCUAAAUAUAACCGCAAUGGUUUGUUUUGCCACAUACUGUAAACUAGCUAGGAGCUAUUACAUGUUUCUUUCUGUUUUUUUCCAAGCUGUCGUUCAAUGAAGAAUGCCUGUUUUUGGAAACUUUAGAGGAGAAUCACUAUAAUACGUACAAGUCGAAGAAGUAUGCUGACCGCGACUGGUUUGUUGGGAUUAAGAAGAAUGGAAUGAGCAAACGAGGCCCCCGGACUCACUAUGGCCAAAAGGCCAUACUCUUCCUUCCAUUGCCAUUAUCAAGUGACUAAGAGAUUUUAGUCAAAACACCAUCCAGAUGAUUAUUAAGUAUUAUUUGUGGUACUGUUGACAAUAAUUAUAUUAAAUUCAAAUGCUUUCAAUAGUGUUUGGCACAAUACCAAUCUCAGAGAAUGGCAUCUUCAUCCAAAUUAUGCAUUUGCACAAACCACAAAAUUAGUAGUCAGUAGGAAAUAUUUGUGUGCAUAUUCAUAUUGUGUCGAUUAAGCAGUUAAAACCACGUGUAGCUCAUAAAAUAUGUUAAAAAAAUAAAAUUUAACUUAUAUUUUCUUUCAGUAAUUCAUAUGGUUAAAAGUACACUCCACUGCCCAAAUAAAAACACUGUUUAAUAGAUAUACCCCAAAUGAAAACAUGCAUGUACGAAUUAUGCAUUUUCAUUGAAGGUAUAUCUAAACACAGCUUGCAAAGCCUGCAUUUCUCUUGUCUGCUUCCUUUGAAAACCACUGCCCAGACUUUCUGUGGCUGUCCAAUCACAGACUUCCCAAUGCAGCUCAAUGAGAAGUCUUUGCAAGGCAGGUGCUCUGAGCAAUUGCCUACAUGUUGAGUUUAGCUCCACUGAGCUAACCACACCAGGAAGUAACAGGACCUGUUGUUUGAUUGACAACCAGGGGGUGUAACCAGGUUAAUUUAUAAAAGUGUACAUUUCUAUUGAAAUGUGCACUUUUUGUCAAAUGAAAAAGAGUACCCAUUUUUUUUUUAAAAAUAAUGCUUUUCAGCAAGCUAGUGCUUUAUGGGUUUGGAGUGUCCCUUUAAAGCUUACUGAUAGCUAAACAGAUCCACUUCAAACAAAUACUCAGGACCUCUCUUUGUUAAAUAAUUGAUAUAUCCACAGAGGGGUACGACUCUGAUUGGGUACCAAAGUUGUGUCCUAUUUAUCCCAGGACCUAUUAAACAAUGUACCCGAACUGGUCAGCAAUUGAAGGCACUGAGAUAAGACAUCAACUUUACUACCCCUUAAGAUAUAAUAAUGGACAUGGCCACCAAUAAGGUUAGAUCAGUAAGGUGUGAAUUGUGAGAAACUCAAAGUGAAUUUUGAAUUAUUGGACAAAAUAGCUGAAAUAAAAACAUACCUCUUUUUUGAGAAAGGUUCUAGUUCUACUUUUUUGAU